UGUCUUAUCAGUCAAUUUUGACAUUUAAAAUCCUUACAACUUUCAACAUAUUUCACAAUUCAUAAUUUGUUCAUAUAUUCGUUUUAGUUUCUAUUCUAAAUUUAUUUAUUAAUUCAGAAAUUCAGUACCACAGUUAAGUACCAUUUAAUUUUGCGUUGUGAAACAUGUCUUCUCCGUGGGGUAAAAUUCAAAAGCCUGAAAUUCCUGUUAGUUUUGCAGAAAUUAUGUCUGAAGAUGUUGCAAGAAAUCUUCAAAACAAGGAAAAUGAACUGCACAGAAAGUUUCUUGAUAUAGGAAAACUAGAUGAAGCUGGUCCUCCAAUAUUAUAUGACACCCAAAUAGAUGAAAAUAUACCAGAUGAAGUGUUAAAAGCCAUAUCUAACGAUUCGAUUGAAAGUGAUGCUGCUAUUGCACAAAUGUUACAAAUGCAAUUUGAUAAAGAAUAUGAUGAUACAUUAAAAAGAAAAGAACAAAAAUUAAAUGGUACUUCCAAGGUAUCUAUAUCAUUAGAAAAUUAUAAGAGAGCUCCUCACAAUUUUGAUUUUGAAAGUGAUUCAGAACCAGAGGAGAUUGAAGACAUACAGGAUAGAAAAGAUUGGGACCGUUUUGAUACUUUGCAAAAAGUUAUUGAUUCUAUACCUGGUUGUGGUUAUAAAGUCCAACAAAACGGUACUUUAAUAACGAAACAUGAUCUUGUUAAUAAUGGGAGGAAAAAUGCCUGUAAACUUCUAUCAUUUCCUCCAGAAUUUCAAACAGGAGAUGGAGAAACAUUUGAUUUGAAACUUUCAAAUAAAGUGUAUAACAGUUUAAAAAAACAUUCUAAAAAAGAACAAGUGAGAAGAUAUAGAAUUGAUACUAAAAAAGAAGAUAGAGCAACCGCAGAAUUUGGCAUGGACGAAUAUACUCGCCUUUUGAUUUAUAAGAUGGUUAAUGGAGGUUUAUUGGACUCAGUUAAUGGAGUGAUUAGUAUAGGUAAGGAAGCAGUUAUUAUUCACGUAGAUAGUAAUACUGACUUUCCUGAUGUUCAGGAACCCCUGCCUAAGGAAUGUGUUCUAAAAGUUUUUAAGACUACAUUGGCUGAAUUUAAAAGAAGAGAUCAGUAUAUUAAGGAUGAUCAUAGAUUUAAAGACAAAAUUGGAAAGAAGACAUCUAAAAAAAAUAUUAAUGUAUGGGUGGAAAAAGAAAUGGCUAAUCUACUACGUUUACAAAGAGUAGGAAUCAAGUGCCCUAAAGUUAUUACUGUAAAGAAACAUAUAUUGUUGAUGUCUUUUAUAGGGGAGAAAAAUAGACCUGCUCCUAAACUAAAAGAUGCUAUAAUGAGCGAUGCAGAUUACAGUAUAGCAUAUGAGGAGGUAAAAUGUUAAAAAGAA